CCGAUGUUUAUGUUUACAUUUUUGUUUUUGUUUUCUAAAUUGUUUAAUUGUUGAUUAGAAAAUGACUUUACUCCGAUUUAAUCAGAUUACUAAUUUCACUGAAAGUGAAUUGGAUGCACUAAUUGUUUCUGGUAUCUCGACCAUUCAGACAUUCCUGUUUAAAGAAGCUUCAUCAAUAUCUAAAUCAACUUCAAUUGAUAUAAAGAAAAUCAAAGCCAAUCAAGCUAAACUAUAUGAAUACUAUUCCACUCCAGCGGUUAAUUUCUCAAUUUUCUGGCAAGAAUUAACUACAAAACGAUGUACUUAUUCAACUGGUUGUAACAAAUUAGAUGAGAUGAUUGAUGGAGGUAUUUACAGUGGUGAAAUCACCUCAAUAAUGGGCGAUUCAUGUUCCGGUAAAACUCAAUUUGUCCAUCAUAUGGCCGUACAAAUGGCGACCCAAGAAAAAGAUGUCAUUUAUAUUGACACCGAUGGAUCAUUUUCGGCUGAACGAUUAAGCCAAAUGUACGAUGAAACAUAUUCCUUGAUGGACAAAGAAACUAUCCUCGAAAAGAUUCACGUAACACAAAUUUUUGGCCUUUAUAAUUUGUUAUCUGUUUUGGAUAAAUUAACGGAAGAAUUGAAGAGUAAACCUGAUGGAUCUUAUAACGAAGUUAAAUUAAUUAUCCUCGACUCAUAUUCAAAUCCGUUUGUAGACGUGUUAGACUAUCAUAGUAACAAUCAACGUGGUUGGAAUCAUGCGAAAAAACAAUCCUUGUUAAGUAUCAUUAGCGCUUAUAAUCGCGCUCUCAGGACCAUUGUAAUGAACCGUCCAGAUAUCGCCUUGAUAACGACCAAUCUUGACCUUAAAUUUGCCGAAAGACUUUGGCAUAAUAACUGUGGCCUAAUAGUAAACAUAGAGAAAAUUGAUUCGGAUAUUAGGGAAAUCUCUUGUGUUCAAAGUGAAAGAGUUAAUCAAUUAAAUUGUUGUCGAGUUAAAAUUGACAAAUCAGGUUUCACUGAUCAUAUCGAACUCAAUCAACCCGAUAUUGGACCAAAUGAAAUUUGAACGUUUCAAACCAAAUUGGAAAAAAGAUCAUUUAUUUUUGCAGAUUAAUGCGUCGAUGUAAAUAUAUGUACAGAAUUGGAUAAAAAAUAAGUGACAUUUAUGUACAAAGUUUGAGUUUUGCUCACUCUUGAAGAGGGAGAAUCCCAAUAAUGACAAACAUAAAAAAAGAGAGAGAGCGAGAGAGAAACAAUCAAGGGAGUUAAGAAACAUUAAAAUGGAACAUUAAUUUUACAUAAAGAAGGAAAAUUAAACGAACAAUUAAUUGUCCAAUUUAUGGAGAAAUUAAAACGAAAAAAGUACAAAAUGAGAGAGUACAAAUGUUUGUUAUUGGAAAGAAAAGAAAACAAAAUGUUGUAAAAUAGAUACAAAUUGACUUUGAUUGUGAUUAAAGUUAAUUUAGUUUCUUUUGCUAUUAUUGUUACACCUUGAAGUUCAAAUACAAUCAAACCUGAAAUUGUUAAUCUCAAUAUCUUUUUGAUUAAAAGUAAAUAAAUCACAUGAAAUCAAUCAAA